UUUAUGUCUGCUCAUGAUUCUACUGUUGAUCGUAUUUUACUCACGCUUUUUUAAUGUGGAUGAGGUUUUUCUGGUGGAUUUCGCAUGUUACAAACCCCCGGAAACCCUAAAAUGCAGCAGAGACGAUAUAGUUCAAAGUGCGAGGACAUAUGGAGUUUCGGAUCGCACGCUAGAUUUCAUUACGAAAACAGUGUACAGAGCAGGGAUCGGAGACUCGACGUACCUGGCGAAAGGAUUGCUUCGCGUCCCGUUCAACCAGGAGAUGGAUGCGGCGAGGGAAGAGUCGGAAAUGGUGAUGUUCGGCGCCGUCGAUGCUCUGAUGGCGAAGACCUUCGUCAAGCGAGAAGAGAUCGGAAUAUUGAUCGUCAACUGCACUGUGUUUAAUGUUGUGCCUUCGCUGUCGGGGAUUAUUGUCAAUCGGUAUAAGCUCAGGGAAGAUGUCGCGAGCUUCAAUCUCACCGGAAUGGGAUGCGCCACGGGGCUACUCGCCGUCGGACUCGCCAAACGGCUUCUACAGGUGCGGAAAAAUACCUGUGCGUUAAUCGUGAGCACGGAAAACGUGACCUGCAGUUUAUACGCCGGCGACGACCGCUCCAAGCUUCUCGUGAACUGCAUCUUCCGCUCCGGCGCCGCCGCCGUCCUCCUCUCGAACAAACCUUCGCACGCAAAACUCUCCAAGUACCGUCUCAUGCACGCGCUCCACACGCACACCGCCAGUUCCGACGUCGCCUACGGCUGCAUCUCCCGCGAGGAGGAUUCGAACGGCCAAACCGGCGUCAACAUCAACAAAGACCUCUUAGUCGCGGCGAAUCUUGCGAUUCAACUGCACCUGAAAUCUCUAGGCGCGCACAUCCUCCCUCUCUCCGAGCAGAUCCGAUUCCUGAAAAAUCACAUCGCUCGCCGCCUCAGUCCGGCGAAAAUCCAUCCCUACAUGCCGAAGUUCAACAGAUCUGUGGAGCAUUUCCUUCCUCACGUCGGGGGGAAGCCGGUGCUCGACGAAUUGCAGAGGAAUCUAGGGUUCAGCGCGGCGGACAUGGAGCCUUCGAGAAUGACGCUCCAUCGAUUUGGGAACACUUCGAGCAGUUCAGUUUGGUAUGAAUUGGCGUACGCGGAGGCAAAGGGUCGGGUCAGGAAGGGGGAUCGGGUAUGGCAGAUGGCAUUCGGAUCGGGUUUUAAAUGUAACAGUGCUGUUUGGCGGGCGUUGAGGGAUGUUAGGAGCGACGAGAAGAACCCUUGGAUGAUGGAGAUCGACGGUUACCCUGUCGUUAUUGAGGAGAAUUCCGAUCCAUUUCCUUUCCAUUUUGAUUCAUCCAAACAGGCCCUUACCAAUUAGCUUGCCUCCAUUCUGGAUAAGCUCAGCCGAGGCUUAUGUAGUUUUUAGUUAAAGGGGUCCCGGGACUUGGAAGCCCGGGCUGGAUAUCUACCCCGUGUCUACAAUCGGGAGCAUCUGGUCCCGGGCCCUCCAAAAUCAUCCUGGUUCGUUGUCGUCGU